AUGCGCCAACCCACGCUCGGCGCUAUGAACCGGACGCUGCUCCUCACUCUCCCGUGCGUCCCGCCAUCCGGCCCGCUCCUCCUCAGCUUCCACGGCCAGGGCGGCAACGCGAGCGGCUUUUCCGAGCAGCACGCGCCGCUCGUCUCGACGGCCGCCGCGCGAGGCUGGGUCGUCGCCUUUCCAGACGGGAUGGCGGACGGGCACGACUCAGGGUGGAACGUCGGCACGAACGGCGACUCCUCCACGUGCCUGCCGAGGACCAACAACUCAUACUGCCACGCCUCCUGCAGCACCCUGCGGCGCUGCUCCCGCUGCGCAUGGAGCACCUGCUUUGACGACGUGGCCUUCGCCACCCGGCUCGUCUCGUCGCUCGUCGCCGCACACGGCCUCGAUGCGUCUCGCGUGUUCGCGCUCGGCGAGAGCAACGGUGGCAUGCUCGUCCACCACCUGGCGCAGGCGUCGCCGGCCCUCCUCCUCGCGGCGGUGGUCGUGUUCGCACUACCCCUCCUCGGCCACCUCGUCGAGCCGGAGCUGCUCGCGUCGCCGGUCCGCCGUACCACCUACGUGCUGCAGCUGCACGACCGCAACGACACCACCAUCCCCUGGCAGGGCGGCCGCUCGUCGGACGGCGCGCCGAGCGAGAUCGAGCCGAGAUUCCCUGGCAAGAUUGCCGGAGGUCAACACCGAGUGUCUGACCUCUCGAGGAAGCGCGCCUAG